ACAGCGGUUCUACGAGCACAUGGAUGCAGAAGUCGAUGCGGACUAUUCCACUGUGCCGCUGAGCAUAUUUUGCUUUAUGACGGGUUAUAUCGACAGCUUAACAUUCUCCGCGUGCUAUAUCUGGUGUGCAUUCCAAACCGGUAACACCGUCCAGCUCUCCCUCGCCAUCGGGCGGCUGUUCACCGGUCCCUACCCGCGAGAAAUCGGUUUCCAAGUACCCGAUCAGCAAGCCCUCUGUUCCCUCCUCUCCUUCCUGCUCGGAGCCUUUAUAGGCCGUAUAGGGGACAAGCUCGGAUCCCGCCGCCGACUCUGGCUCAUCUGCAGCACCUUCAUCCAAGCAGCUAUGACACUCGCAGCGUGCCUGACAGCGUUCAAGAGUGGCCAAGUGAGCUUUGCGGGCCCGAGGGGGGAGCCGACUUGGACUAGUCCACUAGGGUUCGCAGCGCUGGGCUUUGCGAGCGCGAGCAUGGGCUUGCAGGCGCAUCUCGGUACUCGGCUGGGAUCGCAGUUCGCCACCACAGUAGUCCUGACCACCAUCUGGGUCCAGUUCGUAGGCGACCCCAAGCUCUUCUCCCCCCACGCACCCAUCAAGCCCAGGGACCACAAAGCGCUUGCCAUCCUCAUGCUCUUCAUUGGUGGCCUGGUGGGGCGUGCACUGGACGGGACAAUCGGUGCGGCGAAUACGUUUGCGGUGGGGGCGGCAGUGAGGCUGUUGGUCACGUUUAGUUGGUGGUGGGUGCCUGCGAAAGAGAAGAAAGAGGGGAGCGUGAAGCAGGGCUAAGGGACGGCGCUCGAGCAAGGAAAUGGAAGAGAUGGCGGUGUAGAUUUUUCUACUAUGGGGUUCAAUGGUGUGCGUGUACCAUCAUUUCACCUAGCAUACUCACACAUAGACUGGUUUCUAACAUCCUCCCAAUACAUUUCAUA